CCACAGCUCUUCUAGGGGCCAACAAUACCCGCCAUGCACACCUCGGUUGUUGUCCUCGCGGUGGUCGCCAUCCUGGCCGCGGCCCAGCACGAGUUCGCCGUUGCGGCGAGGAUGCCGUCACCCAUCGUGGACCACAAAGAGGUGCGCGACGACUCCAACCAGUACUGGCUCCGCUUCGAGACGCGAGACGGCGCGACUCACGAGGACCAGGGCGUCUUGCGGCCGGGACCUGAGGGCCCCGUCCUGUACCGCAGCGGCUCCCACAAGUACACGGCGCCUGACGGCCAGGUCAUCGAGCUCAAGUACACGGCCGACGACCAAGGCUACCACCCCGUCGCUAGUCAUCUGCCCCAGCCCCCACCCCCAUCCCCCGUUGUACAGCCGAGUCCAUCCAUUUCAUCAGUCCAUUCAACGAAAUAA